GUAGCCUACUGAGAGUCUGAGAGUAGCCGAGCCUUGUGAAUGAUUGUGUCAUGAUCAUGGCAGGCCUCACAGUGUUUACUUCUUGAAUGGGGAUUGUAAAGUGACUGAUCCUCUCCCGGUUUUGGGAAGCCCUAUGUUCGUUAUGGUGUGAUAAAAGCAUUUCUGUAAACUGUAUUGGAUUUACAAACGUAAAAGACCUUCAACAUGGAGCCGUACACAGACUUCGUAAACGAUUCAAACAUGAACUUUGAUGACUUCCUUCACUUUGAAGUCGAAGAUGAUGAAAAUCUUCAGGAUAUGAGCUCGAUCACUCAGGUUUGUGUUGAUCACGAUGAAGAUGAACCUCCCGAUGAUGGCCAAAUUCAUGUGUCUGAGGGAGUAUGCAAUAAAGAACAAGGUGGCUGUAGCAGUUCUUCCCGUGAUGAUAACUCGGACUUCGAAGCAAGAUACACGCAGGAAGAAGGUGUAAAGAUGGAACACACAAUCACAAGUGAUAAUGGUGAUGGGUAUAUUCAUCACACAAUCUCUGAAGAUGAAAUCCUGAUGCAAAUAAAUCCUGGAAGUAGCCGGCUACCUUUGAAUCCAUCUCAUGCUACUUUAACAGUGGAAAGUCAAAAUCCAAGAACUAAAGCCAAGGAAGUAACGAGGUUCAAGUGCACUUUUGCUGGCUGUGCUCGCACUUACAGUACUCAGGGAAAUUUGAAGACACAUGAAAAAACACAUAGAGGUGAAUAUACAUUUGUGUGCAAUGAGUCAAGUUGUGGGAAAAGAUUCCUGACGUCGUACUCUUUGAAAAUCCACGUAAGGGUGCACACAAACGAGAAGCCUUAUGAAUGUGAUAUUUCUGGCUGUGAGAAGUCUUUCAACACUAUUUACAGAUUACGAGCACAUAAGCGCUUACAUACGGGUGAAACGUUCAAAUGUGAAUCUGAUGGUUGUACCAAGUACUUCACAACACUAAGUGACCUUCGCAAGCACAUACGAACGCAUACAGGGGAAAAGCCUUUUGUUUGCCAUGAAAACGGUUGUGGAAAGGCGUUUGCUGCCAGCCAUCAUCUCAAGUCACACAACCGAAUCCACACAGGUGGUCGGCCUUUUGAAUGUACACAAGAUGGCUGCCUAAAAGCAUUCACAUCAAUAUACAGCCUGAAGUCUCAUAUUUCCAGACAUGAAAGGGACUCUGAGAAAGAUAAAGGUCAACAGCCCUCCUCUGAGAAGAAAAGUACAGCGGGGGGAGGAGGGCAGUGUUCAGGGGAGUGUCACGGCAACGACAACUCGGCUGACACAGGCCCCGACAUAGUGAAUUUCCAGAACGUGGUACUGGUUCAACAAGGAGAUGUCAGUUCUUCCCUCCCGGCAGAAUCCCUGCAGCAGGGGAAAGUGACUCUCAGUGCGGAACAGCUGUUCAAUUCUCUGUACACUACCCCAGUGCUCAACGAGAAUCUUGUACAGCACGGGAAAGGAGACAGAGAUUGUGUGGGCUGUGACUCGGUACAGGAGAUAAUGCAGCCGGUGAUUCCUCUAGAGUCGUGCGGGGAGCCGCAGCCUAUCCCCAUCGGUUUGAUGACUUCCAGUGUGCCCGUCUGCCACUCACACUCAGCUGGCCACCUGGUGGCUCCGACCGUGUCAGCCCAGCACAUCCUGGGUUCUCAACUGGCUGUGGAGGCGCAGGGGGGCGUGUCUCAGGGCACCUCAUUACUGUUGGAUACCCAGGGGGGCGUGUCCCAGGGCACCUCAUUACUGUUGGAUACCCAAGGGGGCGUGUCUCAGGGCACCUCAUUACUGUUGGAUACCCAGGGAGGAGUGUCCCAGGGCACCUCAUUACUGUUGGAUACACAGGGGGGCAUGUCCCAGGGCACUUCAGUACUGUUGGAGAAUCAGGGGGGCGUGUCCCAAGGUCCCUCUGUACUGUUGGAGACUCAGGGGUGUGUGUCCCAGGGUCAGCCGGUACUGUUGGAGAAUCAGGGGGGCGUGUCCCAGGGCACUUCAGUACUGUUAGAGUCUGGGGGUUCCUCUGCUAUCUUGGGCACCGGCGGUGUUGAGGCGGGGGGCAGCACCACGACGGCGACAACCGUGCCGGAUCCCAACUCCCUGGCCAACAUCCAGCUGCUGCGCUCGGAACUGGUGAAGAACAUUCUGGGCACGAGCAAUACCAUCGUGGUGCAGACUGCGGAUGGGAGUCUGGUCCAGGUCCCCAGCUCGGCGUUGUUGGAUCAGGCGGGGCUGGCCUCUUUAGUGCCCGGAUGUCUCGGUGCCAACCAGACCCUGGCGGCCGCCAAUAACUCGGUCUGCCUGCCAGCUGCUGCCUGUCACAGCACGUUCCUCGAGCUUUCCAAACCUUCUGAAGGUGGUGAAGUGAUAGCCUCGACAAUGGCAGCGAAUACUGCCUUGAACGGACUGUCGGAGCUUGUGGCAGGCUCCAGUGGCGGCGCCUCGCAAAAUUUCCUCCUCCAGCCUUCUGGAGGAAGCUCUAGCAGCUCUGAAGCCACCAGCGGCGUGUUUCUUCCGCCGACAACCAUGCUGGUCCCGAACGUGGCGAGCCAGAGUGGGCAGCAGCAGCACCUGCUCAGAGGUCAGGAAGGCAUGGGGAGUGGUCUGUCCACGGCCAUCUUCGAAGUUGCCGCUACGGGUCAAGCGGUUGCCCCUGCAGCGGCUGUGGUGGGUUCCAUCCCCAACCAGACUGUGGUUUCUAACAGUGUGAAGAGGGAAAGUAAUGAUGGGAGCGGGGGCUCCUCCUUAUCUCCCCUGACCUUCGUCGACCCCGCGGCCAUGUCGGCCUCCCAGCCCAAUGUAGACCUGACGGCGAGCUCUCUCAUGUCGGACAGCUGUUGUCACGCCUCUUCGUCCUCGUCGGAAGUUUUUAACUCGACGGUCUCCACCGUUUCUUCUGGGAUGGUCCAGGCAGGUCCAUCCAAUCUGGUUCUCCCAGAGGAUGGAACUUUGACAUCUGCGAUCCAAAAAGGCAUUCCCGUAUCGAUCCUGCCGGGCGCCAACCCAGAGUCGAUUGUGCUAAACCAGGUGUUUGUCCCAGUGUACAGCAACACGGACAAGGGACCGGUCAUAGAACUCGUGCCGAUCAAACCUCCCCAGUGACCCCACUGAGCCACGCCAUGCCACAGGAAAAGCUCAGUGCCUAAAAAAACACACCAAAAAAACACCAAAUUCUACCCGCCUUACUUUCAAAAAUGUACACUGUUCCUCUUGACAUCUGAUGUGGGAGAAAUGUUUCAUCGAUGCAUCAUCUUCCUGGAGGUCUGUACUCAUGUUAUCCUGUUAACUCGGUUUUUCAUGAUUCUCGUUGACAAAUUGUUAUUCACCUUCUGCAGCUGUUAUCUCCUUAUCCUUGAACGGUGUCAUUUUCCUAAGAUUUGGCCUCAUGAGUAUGGCUUUCAUUUCCACAUCCUCUGACAGGUAGCAGUGAGAUUUUGCUGCGAGGCCUUGUGUAUAUUAUAAUAAUGUUUCAUAACGUAAAUGUGUGUGUCAUUAAGUGUUGAUAUACUAAUUUUGUGCUGCUUGAUGAAGAAAAACAACCUCCAAUACCAAAAGAAAACAUGCAGAGUGUUUCAGUGCCACUGUAAUUCCUGCCCUUGUUGAUAACUGCUAUGGUGUAUUGGGUCAUGAACUUGAUCUAGAACAUGAACAUUUGAGUUAAGAAUCUCAGUAGGCAAGCGUCCUACUUAGUUUCUGGUUUUGCCUCACACUUACUCUGCCAGGACUUAUUUUUACUCAUUCGCUAUGUAUUAUUUUGGGCAUGUGCACAAUUUUUUCGGGAGGGCGAAAUGAGAUGAUGGUUAGUGCACUGAUCACAGGUCUUUGGGGCCACAAAUUCAUAUAAAUAUCAACAUAUUAUACACUGAAAUUUUCAGUAUGAUUUGUAAAACACAUCUGUAUUGUUUAUUUGUGUAUUUUUCAAAUUUGGUUUCUAUAAGAGGCGAUUAUAGGUUACAACACAAUUUUACUGGGAUGCGGAUGGAAUUUGAAAAUAAAAAGAUUUUUAAAAAAUCUUUUCACCUAGUCAAAUAAAAAUUGAUUUGUCAAUAACAGAGAAACGGCAGUUUGAGUCCAUUUUACAAAUAUGGUAUCAACACUCUACAGAAGAAUCCUACAUUUCUUUACCAAACACGAUAAUGGUACAUUUUGUUUUGUAAAAGUACUAAGACUGGUGUCUGGGCUAUGAUUUGGGCAUCACAAUAAAACAAAGUGGCAUAAACUUUGAAUUCGUGCUUCAAAACUGAAUCAAAACUUAGGAUUUUCGGUGGAAAUGCUUGACUCGGAAGUCAACGUUUUAUUAUUUCCUUUAUUUCAACAUGGGUAUGUAAAUUGGAAUAGAAUCUAAGCUAGAAUUAUAGGUCGGUUCUCGAGCCGUCGGGGGCGGCUUGCCGUAGUGAAGUCACUUUUGUGGCGCCGCUGCCCAUGGCUCAGCGCAUCGAACAGGUAAACAGGACCACCACCUUAUGCUUGCCAAUUUUAUUUUAGGAUAAUUUUCAAGUUCAUAAAUAAUGAGCUUAUAAAUGUACGAGAUUAAGCAUGGCACAGUUCAAACCAGUUGAACUGAAAUUUCUUUUGAAUAAGAACCAAACUUUGUUUCUGUGUCUAUUUCUUUUUUUUUUCAAUUUAAAAAGAUACUCCAUAAUUUUAUUAUGACAACUGGGUUAGGAGUUAGGAUGUCAUGAUUAACCUUGCUAUAACCCACAAAUCACUUCAGUAAGACACGAAUCAAUUUGUUGCAGUAGUUUUGGUGAUCCAUACAUGAUUGAUGUUUGCUGCUGCUAUUAUAGGUGGUUGCAAUAUAAAAACAAGAUCAGUGUGAAAGGCAGCAGUAGGCAAAGCACUAAAAUGGAUGAUGAAGGAACCUCGCAAAAUCUUUCAUCAUGCUCACAAGGUUGGCUCACCAAGGGCAGGGAUAGGAGUGCAUUUUCUUGCUGUUUUUUUUCUCUUUUAAAUGAGAGUUUAUCCAGUAUUUUAGCAAAGGAAGCUCAUAUCCGUCUCAGAGUGUAUUAAUUUGUCAAUAUGAAAAAAAAAAAAGGAAAAGAAUUACGUUCACAUUUACCUGGAAAUUCGAACAAUGGGGUAACUUUUCUUUAGUUGCAGCAGGAACAAGGUACCUCACAUAGCAAUUGGUCAUCAUUUCUUUCUUUAAUACUUUAAUUUUCGAGGUAAAACUUUUUAAUGAGGUUAUGGUAGAUCAUAUGACUACCUAGUCACAAGUGUUGCGGUGAUCUUGAAAUGUGACAUUGACCUACAUUUAACACUGCUUAUACAUUGCAUUUAAUUGGACAAUAACUCUUUUGCUAAUUUAGCUCUAGAGGUUUGAAAAUAUUUAUAUGCAUGCUGGCUACAGUUUGUUGUGAAGAUACAUUUGUUAGUUCAAACCAAUUUUUCUUGACAAUUUUUUAAAUAAAAAAAUUAAUUCAAUAUAAAUAGUGAUCAUUAUAAAUCCUAUGUAAAAAAAUUGUUUGUGGUGUAUUGUUUGGUAUGGAGGAGCUUCAUCUUUUAUCAGGGUUUUGUCGUUUUUGUGCAAACUGAUGGGCUGACAUCUUUUUAGGCAUCCGAGACCGAAUCCUAAAAAUGGAUGUCUCUGAUGUUUUUUGAAUACUUUCAGUUUGUGGUUAGCUUUGUGUGAGGUUAAAAUAUCAUGAUGGGCACUAAAGGGAGAAAAUUUUAUAAGUUCGAAAGGAAAGGUUAACCGUUUGGUUCCAUGUUACCUACAACGUAUCAGUGUUCAUACAAGUGCAUUUUAUAUUUCAUGAAAUCAAAGAUUAUGUUGGAAAGCACAAAGAUUCCUCAUAUAUCAGGAAUGCAUUUUGUUUUUUCAUUUGCUCUUUUUUGUGUUUUAUCGGUAUUGUUAAUUGCUGCUAUUGUCAAAUCUUUUUUAAAAAAAUUUUAACCCACCCAUUCUCGCGGUCCUGUGAACUUGUAUUCAGUUCUUUGUUGUAUCAUUUUGUCGGACCCGGUGCCUGCUACAUCUCUGCAUCAUGAGUGUAAGAUGCCUGCACAGGAGACUUUAUUUAUUCUGUUUUUCCGGAUUUGUCAUCAAUUAAGUUUCAUGUGAUGACUUUCACUGAGCUGGUGGUUGGCUCACUUAGACAUCUGAACCGUUGAUUGUUCAUUUU